CUUCCUCAGCGAGAGGCGACCGGAGCGCGGCCCGGCCGAGCGGGAGCGGGAGCGGGACUCCGGAGUCCACCAACGGCGCGGCCGCGCUGCCCGCACGCCCGGCCGGCCGGCCCUGCGCGCCACUCCCGACCGCGGCCUCGCUCCUGCCCCGCGGUGACCGCAAGCCCCGCUCCGUCCCCCUGCGGCCCUUCCUCGUCGCCUGUCCGUCCCCGCUGCGUCUUCGCUGUGUCCCGCGCUCCGUCCUUCUCUGUCCCCGUUCCGUCCCGCUGUGUCCCCCGCUCCGUUCCCGCCCGCCGACCCCCAGCGAUGCCGCGCGGCGCCACCUGGGCGCUGCUCCUGGCCGCGGCCCUGGGGCUCGGGGCGCGCGGCGUGCGCGGCGCGGUGGCCCUCGCCGACUUCUACCCGUUCGGCGCGGAGCGCGGCGACGCCGUCACCCCCAAGCAGGACGACGGCGGCUCCGGGCUGCGGCCGCUCUCCGUGCUCUUCCCGUUCUUCGGCGCCGAGCACUCCGGCCUCUACGUGAACAACAAUGGGAUCAUCUCCUUCCUGAAGGAGGUCUCGCAGUUCACGCCGGUGGCCUUCCCCAUCGCCAAGGACCGCUGCGUGGUGGCGGCCUUCUGGGCGGACGUGGACAACCGGCGUGCAGGCGACGUGUACUACCGGGAGGCCACCGACGCAGCCACGCUGCGCAGGGCCACAGAGGACGUCAGGCGCUACUUCCCCGAGCUGUCCGGCUUCUCCGCCGCCUGGGCGCUCAUAGCCACCUGGUACCGCGUGACCUUCUUCGGAGGCAGCUCCUCCUCCCCCGUCAACACGUUCCAGAUUGUGCUCAUCACCGACGGCAAGCUCUCCUUCACCAUCUUCAACUACGAGUCCAUCACGUGGACCACGGGCACGCACGCCAGCAGCGGGGGCGACGCCGCUGGUCUGGGGGGCAUCGCGGCCCAGGCCGGCUUCAAUGCGGGUGACGGGCGGCGCUACUUCAGCAUCCCCGGCUCACGCACAGCGGACAUGGCGGAGGUGGAGACCACCACCAACGUGGGCGUGCCCGGGCGCUGGGCGUUCAGAAUCGAUGAUGCCCAGGUGCGCGUGGGGGGCUGCGGCCAUACAACCUCCGUGUGCCUGGCCCUGCGCCCCUGCCUCAAUGGCGGCAAGUGCAUCGACGACUGCGUCACGGGCAACCCCUCCUACACCUGCUCCUGCCUCUCGGGCUUCACGGGGAGGAGGUGCCACCUGGAUGUGAACGAGUGUGCUUCCCACCCGUGUCAGAACGGCGGGACCUGCACGCACGGCGUCAACAGCUUCAUCUGCCAGUGCCCGGCCGGCUUCGGGGGACCCACCUGUGAGACAGCGCAGUCUCCAUGUGACGCCAGAGAGUGCGAGAACGGCGGCUGGUGUCAGGCGGGGGGCGGCUCGGCGGUGUGCGCGUGCGCAGCCGGCUACACGGGCGCAGCCUGCGAGACGGAUGUGGACGAGUGCGGCUCUGACCCCUGCCUGAACGGAGGGUCGUGUGUCGACCUGGUGGGGAAUUUCACCUGCCUUUGUUCAGAGCCCUUCGAGGGACCUCGCUGCGAGACAGGAAGCCACCCGGUGCCCGACGCCUGCCUCUCGGCCCCCUGCCAGAACGGGGGCACCUGUGUGGAUGCGGACCAGGGCUACGUGUGCGAAUGCCCCGAAGGCUUCAUGGGCCUUGACUGCAGGGAGAGAACCCCCAACAACUGUGAGUGCCGCAAUGGUGGCAGGUGCCUGGGGGCUAACACCACCCUCUGCCAGUGCCCUCCGGGCUUCUUUGGGCUCCUCUGCGAAUUUGAAGUCACGGCCAUGCCCUGCAACAUGAACACGCAGUGCCCCGACGGCGGCUACUGCAUGGAGUACGGCGGGAGCUACCUGUGCGUCUGCCACACCGACCACAACGUCAGCCACUCGCUGCCGUCCCCCUGCGACUCGGACCCCUGCUUCAACGGAGGCUCCUGUGACGCCCACGAUGACUCCUACACGUGCGCGUGCCCGCGGGGCUUCCACGGCCGGCACUGCGAGAAAGCCCGGCCGCGCCUGUGCAGCUCGGGGCCCUGCAGGAACGGCGGCACGUGCAAGGAAGCGGGCGGCGAGUACCGCUGCGACUGCCCCUACCGCUUCACCGGAAGGCACUGCGAGAUCGGGAAGCCAGACUCAUGCGCCUCUGGCCCCUGUCACAACGGCGGCACCUGCUUCCACUACAUCGGCAAAUACAAGUGCGACUGUCCCCCAGGCUUCUCGGGACGGCACUGCGAGAUAGCCCCCUCCCCCUGCUUCCGGAGCCCGUGCAUGAAUGGGGGUACCUGCGAGGCCCUGGGGACAGACUUCUCCUGCCGCUGUCAAGCAGGGUACACAGGACGCCGGUGCCAGGCAGAGGUGGACUGCGGCCCGCCCGAGGAGGUGACGCACGCCACCCUGCGCUUCAACGGCACCCGGCUGGGCUCGGUGGCCCUGUACUCGUGUGACCGAGGCUACAGCCCGAGCGCCUCCAACCAAAUCCGCGUCUGCCAGCCGCAGGGCGUCUGGAGCGAGCCUCCGCAGUGCCACGAAAUUGACGAGUGCCGAUCCCAGCCAUGCCUGCAUGGGGGCUCCUGCCAGGACCGCGUCGCUGGGUACCUGUGUGUCUGCAGCCCAGGGCAUGAAGGAGCCCGCUGUGAGCUGGAGACAGACGAGUGCCUGGCGCAGCCCUGCAGAAACGGAGGCUCCUGCAGGGACCUCCCGGGGGCCUUUGUCUGCCAGUGCCCCCCGGGCUUCGCUGGAGUCCACUGCGAGACAGAGGUGGACGCCUGCGACUCCAGGCCCUGCCAGCACGGAGGCCGGUGCGAGAACGGUGGCGGGGCCUACCUGUGUGUCUGCCCAGAGGGCUUCUUCGGCUACCACUGCGAGACAGUGAGCGACCCCUGCUUCUCCAGCCCCUGUGGGGGCCGCGGCUACUGCCUGGCCAGCAACGGGUCCCACAGCUGCACCUGUAAAGCGGGCUACACGGGCAAGGACUGUGCCAAAGAGCUCUUCCCACCAACGGCCCUCAAGGUGGAGCGAGUGGAGGAGAGCGGGGUCUUCAUCUCCUGGCGCCCACCCGAAGGCCCAGCCGCCCGGCAGAUGCUCGACGGCUACGCGGUCACCUAUGCCUCUUCCGACGGCUCCUACCGCCGCACGGACUUUGUGGACCGGGGCCGCUCCUCGCACCAGCUCCGGGCCCUGGCGGCCGGCAGGGCCUACAAUAUCUCCGUCUUCUCGGUCAAGCGCAACACCAACAACAAGAACGACAUCAGCAGGCCCGUGGUGCUGCUCGCCCGCACGCGACCCCGCCCCGUCGAGGGCCUUGAGGUCACCAACGUGACUGCCAGCGCCGUCUCGGUGCGGUGGGCUCUGCACAGGAUCCGCCACGCCACCGUCAGCAGCGUCCGCGUGUCCAUCCGCCACCCCGAGGCCCAGGAGGACGAGUCCACCGACGUGGACAAGGGUGUGGACAAGUUCACAUUCAGGGCCCUGCUUCCGGGAAGGAGAUACACCAUCUGGGCGACUGCCCUCAGUGGGCUUGGGGGGCAGGAGCACCCCACCGAGAGCCUGGCCUCGGCACCACUGCACGUGUGGACCCGGCCUCUGCCGCCAGCCAACCUGACCGCCGCCCGAGUCACGGCCACCUCUGCCCACGUAGUCUGGGAUGCCCCCACUCCGGGCACCUCACUGGAGGCCUACGUCAUCAACGUGACCACUAGCCAGAGCACCAAGAGCCGCUACGUCCCCAGCGGGAGGCUGGUGUCCUACACGGUGCGGGACCUGAUGCCUGGACGGCGGUACCAGCUGUCGGUGACGGCCGUGCAGAGCGCCGGGGGCGACCAGCUGCACAGCGAGCCCGCUCACCUGUACAUCAUCACCUCCGCGAGGGAUGGCGCCGACAGACGCUGGCACCGGGAAGGACCCCCCCCGCGGGCGCUCAGAACCCGACCGGCCCCCGCGCGCCUGCCGGAGCUGCGCCUGCUCAACGACCCCGGCGCCCCCGCACCGCCGACCCAGGCCCCCAGGUUCUCAGAGCUCGUGGACGGCAGAGGACGAGUGAGCGCCAGCUUCCGCAGCUCGCCUGGCAGACGGGUCACUGUGAGAUCACAACCCACGGCUCUGGUGCAGCUGGAGAACGCGGAGGAGGUCCCCGAGCAGGUCAGCCUGGCCCUCCAGCUCCCCGGACGCAGUGGUGACAAGGGCGCGGAAAGUGCCCCUGGGAACUGUUCAGAAAACCCCUGUCAGAACGGAGGCACCUGUGUGCCUGGCGAGGAUGCCCGCAGCUGUGAGUGCAGCCCGGGGUUCAAAGGCAGACACUGUGAGCUCGCAGCCUGCAGAAAGGUGCCCCAGCCCUGCACACGCCUGUUCUCGGAGACAAAGUCCUUUCCGGUCUGGGAAGGAGGCGUCUGUCACCACGUGUAUAAAAGAGUCUACAAAGUGCAUCCAGACACCUGUUUCAAAGAGAGCUGUGAGAGCACGCGCGCCAGGAGCCCAGACAGGAAACAAAGUAACAGUCCUACACUGAAGAAAUCUUAAGCAAGGAGGAAGAGUCAUUUCGAGAAGUCUCUACUGUGCUCCAGAAGGUCCCCAGUCUCCAAGGCCCACCUGGAGAAGACGGCUGAGUGCAGUGCAGGGGCUCUGACACUGGGAGAGUCGAGAGAACCACAUACAUAAACACGUCCUGCUGACUCUGCUGUGGCACUGGGACCUGUCACCGUGCAGCUGUGUGAGCUACGGCGCCACGAGCCAACAGCAAGAUCAAGUGAUAUCACUGGAAAGAAGACGAACCCCUCUACCGCCACGUCAACGACCUCAAGCCCCUCAGCCACGAGGCAAAUGUACCGCGUUCCAGUCUUCAGCUUAGAAGCCCUUGUUUCUACAAGGAACAGUCCACUGGCUCCUAAGCUUGGUGCUGCGUUUUCUUAUGAUUAACCCAUUUUGAUGUUUUAUAAGUUAAACAUCUAGUAAAAGACUUCCUGAUGCUAAAGGAAUCAUAAUUCAUCCUUGAAACAUUACAAAUGAGCCACUGCUUUUUUCCACACGGCUCCUUCUUAAAACUCUAACGUCUUCCUUGGAGAUACUCAAGGUCCACCCCCAAAAAUUAGCAAAAAUGGAAUCAAAAAAUUGUCAGGGGCAUACACAUUUCUGUGUCGAAAUGAAAGGAGCAACCCUGAGUUGCCGAGUCAGCCUUGUGCUAAUCAAAGCUUGGAUCAACUAACCAUGUCACGGAGCUUAGAUUUAAGAUCCUGUUAGUCCCACCUGGGAAGCACAAGAGCAUCAGCCUAGGUCCCCGGGACGGUGCCGCCACCCGGAGGCCACAGAACACACGAGGAAGUGAGAAAUGAAAACUCUGUACUUUCAAAUAAUUCUGCCCACGGCCAAGACAGACAGUGAAGACAAAACCUCCCUUUUCCCGUUGCACGAGGACCGACACGGGUGCAAACGAGGAACGCUCCGUGGCACCCUGCUGCUCACCCACCAGCCCCCCCAACAGGCAAGGGCUCCACCCGGUGUCAGCCAACCUCCAGCACCUUCCCUGGGCUGGAACUCCUGCCACUGCCCAACGACUGCCACCGAUGUCGGACUCACGUGUGGAGGGACUCACUGAGCUACUGUUCUUUUGCAAAAAAAAGUCUUUCUCUUUGCUGUCAUGCUCGAAUAUGAGCCUGGAGAAAGCAAAAGCAUCUACACCUCAGUAAAUGCAGCUCCAAUCUACCCACAGUAAAACACAGCUCAAAUCUACCAACAGCAUCCCAGUACAGAGGAGAAAGGAACUCUCUUAAAAAAUCAGCUAUUUACUUUACUUUUAAAUAAAAGAGAAACAAAUGUAAGCCCAUUUAAAAUCUUAAGUCCUCACGAAUCAGCACAGUCGCAUUUCGCUAAGUGAGGCCUUAGAGCCGCGUCCGAGCCUUGGCGCUGCUGAUCUCCGGGCUGGCUCGCCCCGUCGUGGGCCUGUCCUGUGACUGCAGGAUGUUUAGCAGCCGCCCGGGCCUCGACCCACUAGACCCCACUAGACCCCAAGUGCACACCCUCCUGGUCCUAACAACCCGAUGGGAAAUGUCCCCAGAUGUUGCUAGGUGUUCCCUGGUGUCAGGAUCACCCCCAGGGGAGAACCGCUGACAGGACUUACGUGGUCUCUGCGAGAAAAACGAGGCCGAGCACCGGGAGUCUCACGUGUGGCUGUUAAAACGCUGUGAAGCCCUGAGUCCUGGGCACAUCACCAAACAUGUCUUCUGCAGCAUCAAUCCUGUGCCAGCUCCCCCCGGACCUUCUAGCAAUCACCCAUCUCCCCACCCCUCACAGAGCUCACGCCAUCAGGGCUGUACCUCUACCUCAGAGAUGACCCCUGGCUUACAUCCACGUCCACUCCCCAACCCCAACUCUUCAGGUCGCUCCUCAGACCCACUGGCCUCCCCGAGGGGCCUUCCACCACCUCUGGUGUCACGGAGAGCUCCCUGAAAUGAAACCAAGCCCAGACCUGCGGCCCUGGCUCCAGGUCAGAACUCCACGGACGCCAGAGACGUCAGGCCUGGACGCAAGCCCCUGGGCCUGAGCUGGCGUGAAGGCAAACUCCGCCAGCGGUCAGGGUCAGGGCCCGCUCUUCUCAAAGAGGCAAAAAGUGCCCCCACGCGGGGCUGGCGGUAAGAAGCUGUGCAGAACAAAACCAUACAUCACUAAUCAACCUCCUUUCACUCUGCUGUACAAUGACUGCAAUUACGAAACAAUAAGAUAUUUUUGAACUAAAAACCUGAGUAUUUUUGUGGAAAACCUGCUCCUUGUUUUCAUAAAAUAAAGUGCUGUGAUAUACUAAAAGCUCACUGUCUUCUCGGAACUCUGUCUUUGUCACGAGAAGUAUGUAAAAUGACUCCUGAACCAGA